CUCUUUCUCUCACCUUGUCCGUAUCUCCACCGUCAAACCCAAAGACUCAUUCCUUUUACCCAAAGAAAACACUCUUUUCAUCGCCGACAAAAAAAACAUGGCCUCACCGGGAAAGUCACCGAGGAAAUCCCCCACCGUCGUCACCGUGCAGCCGUCUUCUCCCAGGUUCCCGAUCACCACCACACCGACGGCCGGAGCUCAACGCAAGAUCGGGAUCGCCGUCGAUCUAAGCGACGAGAGCGCCCACGCGGUCCAAUGGGCCGUUCAGAACUACCUCCGAUCAGGAGACGCCGUCGUCCUCCUCCACGUCCAGCCGACGAGCGUCCUCUACGGCGCCGACUGGGGCGCCAUUGACCUGUCUCCGCAGUGGGACCCGGAGAACGAGGAGUCUCAGAAGAAGCUGGAGGACGAUUUCGACGUCUUCACCAACAAGAAGGCGGGCGACGUCGCUCAGCCUCUUGUCGAGGCGGAGAUACCGUUUAAGAUCCAUAUCGUGAAGGAUCACGAUAUGAAGGAGAGGCUGUGUCUGGAGGUUGAGAGGUUAGGGCUCAGCACUUUGAUCAUGGGUAGCAGAGGCUUCGGCGCGAAGAAGCGGAGCAGCAAAGGGAGGUUGGGGAGUGUGAGUGAUUACUCUGUUCAUCACUGUGCUUGUCCCGUGGUGGUCGUUAGGUUUCCGGAUGAUAAGGACGGAGAGGAUGAGACAUCCGGCGAGAAUGGGGCUGAGAAUCUGGUGGAAAGCGAUAAGCUUCAUACGGUUCCUGAGGUUGCUGAGGAGGAGGGAGACAAGGAUGAGUACCAUGAUGCUUCGGAUAAGCACCAAGCAGGAGGAGACCUCCCUAAGGAGACAUAGAAGAAGAAAAAAAAAAAGCGUUUAUGUGCCUUUUGGUUUGUGUUUCUUGAUCGGUCGCUUGUGUUUGGGGUUUUCUAGAUCUUUGAGUUGUAAGUAUUGUCAUGUGAGUUUUUUGUUUUGAACUGUGUGGGAAGUUCAGAGAUGAAUGGAUUCAGUGUCUUGUGUGUUUGUGUC